AUGUCCAGAAUCGCCAACGCCAUCUCCAGAUUGGCCUUGCCGGUGUCGGCACUGAUUCUCUUGGCCGACUACUCCAUGUACGACGUCAAGGGCGGUGAGAGAGCCGUCAUCUUUGACCGGUUCUCCGGAAUCAAGCCCAACGUGGUCGGCGAGGGCAUCAACUUUGUCGUGCCUUGGUUGCAGAGACCAAUCAUCUUCGACGUGAAGACAAGACCAAGAACAAUCACGACGACGACAGGCUCGAAGGACCUCCAGACGGUGUCCAUCACGUUGAGGGUGUUGCACAGACCCGACGUGAUGAAUCUCCCGGCCAUCUACCAGAACUUGGGGCUCGACUACGACGAGAGAGUGUUGCCUUCGAUCGGAAACGAGAUCUUGAAGUCCACGGUGGCGCAGUUCGACGCCGCGGAGUUGAUCACGAUGAGAGAGGUGGUGUCCAACAAGAUCAGAGACGACUUGGAGAAGCGCGCCUCGCAGUUCAACAUCAAGUUGGAGGACGUGUCCAUCACCCACAUGGCGUUUGGCCAGGAGUUCACCAAGGCUGUCGAGAGAAAACAGGUGGCGCAGCAGGACGCGGAGCGGGCCAAGUACCUUGUCGACAAGGCCGACCAGGAGAGAAAGGCUGCCGUCAUCCGGGCCGAGGGUGAGGCCGAGGCCGCCGACCACAUCUCCAAGGCCUUGGCCAAGGCCGGUGACGGCUUGUUGCUCAUCAGAAGACUCGAGGCCUCCAAGGAGAUUGCCGAGACCUUGAGCCGGUCGCCAAACGUCGCCUACUUGCCUAAGGGCGGUUCCGGCGACGACGGCAGCUCCAGCCAAUCCCUCCUCUUGAACAUCGGUCGCUGA